GCUCCGGAGGAGACUCCCGCGCUGCCGCUGUCUCUCCUCCAAACUUCUUCGUCUCUCUCCACAGCUUGUCACAUCUCUGCAAAGGUCCGAGACAUCCGAGUUGGCUGCAUGGCUACAUGAAAGUUUCAUGGACUUGGAACUUGGAAAACUUUUAGCGGCGCUUUAUUGGAGCUCGUCGCUUCUAUAGUUACUGUGGAUUACUGACAUACCGCAGGACCUUUGGCAGCUAUUUAUUGGGGGUAAGAUUGUGUUUGGCAGGGUAUAUGUCCGACUUUUGCAGGAAGGGGACCGACCUCACUCAACUCACUUGUUAUAACUUUCUGUGUGAAGACAGAAACGUAACUUUUACUGUUUGCGCCACAGGGCCUAAAAGAAAGAGAAGUUGUUCGAAUUGUCAGUAAAAAAAAAAAAAAAAAGGAAAAAAAAAAGGGGGCAAGUUUUCAUGGACAAAAACUAGAUCAAAUGUUUGUUCUAAGGGGGUUUAUCGCUUCGUGGUGAUCACCAGCGUGAAGCCAUAGUUCCCCCACGUUUUGACAUCACUGGUCUCCGUCGGCAGCGCAUAACAAUGCUGAAACAAGCAGUGGCCUUCGCGUUUGUAGACUUGUCGCGACUUAUAGAGGUGGGGAACCUUCUGCCAGAGUGGGCAUUUCAAGAGCGCGACGGGGCACCUAGGGGCUGCUGUCGAAGUGCAGACGAGGUCCAAAGGUUAUUGAGAGACGAACAGGUUGAGCGAAGUCGGUACACAUGGACAAAGAACAAGUGCCUGCAUGGUGGCUUCUGUCUCACCCGUGCAAAAGAAAAAAAAAAUCCGCUCGUCUCCCACAUGUAGCGUGUGUGAAAGGGAAAGCGGCGCAGAGAGAGAGAGUGAUAGUAUCUGUGAAACAAAUAGCCCACGGCGACCGGACUGAGACGAGCCACUAGCCCCUCCAGCUAGCAUGUGAGCUGGACGCUGGCUCCGCGAGCCCCUCUCGAAGUGGGACUAAAGCCUUCACCUACGCGAGGGCUCCGGUUCCCCGGGCUCUGUGAAACAUUACGUUAAAAACAUGCCUUGGCCCUGAUCCGUUAGAAACGACUCCGAGCUCACUAUUUCGCGAUCCAAAAAUAGACGAACUUCGGUUGGGGUUUUUUGAUUUGUUUUCCUUUGUUUUUUUUUUCUUCUUGUUUGUCAGCCUCGACCAAAUCUAAAGGUCAGCUCACUGUUGCACCGCUGGCCCGCUGCCAGUCCCGCUUUCACCAUCCGGAGUCUUGAACUUGUCCCGUGGAUUUUUUUUUUUCUUCUUUUUUUUUUCUGUGGGAAAACAGAACUUGUCAUCCCCCACGAACGUGGAACCUGUCCCUCUAUUUUCUUGCGCUGUCAGCUCACCUUGUUUCAUUUCCCUGCGUCGCGGAGAGAGGUGGCCUCUGUUUUUUUUUUUAUUCAAUGCAAACAUCGCUCCGUGUGAAAGUAGCCUCAUAUGUCUUUAGGUUCUUCGCUACCAUGUUCUCUGGCCCCGGGGAAACCCGUGCUAUACAAAAAAACAUGCGGCAUAAAUUAAAACAGACCCAAAAGCAAAAUAUUAGUGCCUAUAAAAUUUGCUGGCUACUGCCCGAAACCAUACAAAUAAAAAGCACAUGCAUUUCCAGCGAAGAUUAAAGUAACUUUCUUGUGGUUAAUAGCCAGCAUUUGUGCGUUUUGCUCUGACUCAUGUCCAUGCACUUAAUAACGUAUUUGAUCUCUGCUGGCAACAUUUCAGACUCCUACAAAUCUACAUACAGAGCACUUGUUUUGCAUUGUGAAACACCAACUACAGCCAUCAAAUACAGCGUGUCUUCUCUAAUGACCUUAUAUGAGAUUUACUGUUUCAGUCAGGGAGCACCGAAUAUGUCAUUUACAGUGUUAAGCGAUGCCAUAUGAGUCUUCUUACACCCAGCUAAUUUAGUUACCGUGACUGAUGUGUUUUAUAAAAUUGCUUUGCAGCGCCUGUCCCUUUUUAAGGAACAAACUUUGCUUUUGCUCAUGCGUAAAAUAUGUGUUUACAUGAUCUCAGUGCUUUUGCUGAAGACAAGCAGGGUUUUAGACAUCACUGUCAUUAUUGGACAGUACAGCUGCGCCUUUAAAGGCUGUUCAGUUUAUGGGCCUGAUUAGCUCCAUGGCUCUGUACUAUCUUUUUUUAUUUUUUUAAAAAUCAAGUAAUGAAUUUGCGCUCUAAUCUGGGUACAGGUCAUUCCCGUUUGAUCGCUGGAGGAGUACGAGCACUGCUGUCAUGUUAAAUUAGAAUAGAAAAUAUGCCUAAAAAUCUCUCUCAAGUGAAAUCGUUGGACAGGCGAACAGGUGGUUUUACCGUAUCAUGACCACUAACUGAGGGUCACACUUUGCCUGCCUUUGUAACCACAUAAAUACCGGCUACCAUGUGGCAUUUACACACGAAACUCGACUUUCUCCCCCCCCCCCCUCCCAGGGUUAUCACGCUGUCCUCUGCAGAGGUCUGAGUCGAGAUGGGGAGCAAAGCCCUGCACGCUCCGAUCCCCCUGCACCCGGCCCUCCAGCUCACAAACUACUCCUUCCUGCAGGCCGUCAACACUUUCCCCGCUGACCAGCUGCAGGGGCUGUACGGCCUCAGCGCGGUGCAAACCAUGCACAUGAACCACUGGACUCUUGGUUACCCACACAUUCAAGGACUGAGGUCGACGAUCACAGAGAUGGCAGCCGCCCAGGGUCUGGUCGACCCCAGGAUUCCCUUCCCAGCGAUACCCUUCACAGCCGCGGCGCAGCUCUUCCAUCCGAAACAAGCCGCCGUUGCGCACGGCGUCCCCUCGCUGCACAAGGACAGGCCGCGGUUUGAUUUCGCCAACCUGGCCCUCGCUGCCACUCAGGAGGACCCGCCGAAAGCUGCGGAUCUGGCGAAGUUGGCAUCGGGACUAGGGGGAACCAUCUCCGAGCUGAGCAAGCUGUCCCCGGAAAGAAAACCCACCCGGGGCAGGCUCCCGUCCAAAACUAAAAAGGAAUUUAUUUGCAAGUUCUGCGGCAGGCAUUUCACCAAGUCCUACAACCUCCUCAUCCACGAGAGGACCCACACAGAUGAGCGGCCGUAUACCUGUGAUAUUUGCCACAAGGCCUUCAGAAGACAAGACCAUCUCAGAGACCACAGAUACAUCCACUCCAAGGAAAAACCAUUCAAAUGUCAAGAAUGUGGAAAAGGAUUCUGUCAGUCUCGAACUCUAGCCGUCCAUAAAACCUUACAUAUGCAGGAGUCUCCCCACAAAUGCCCCACAUGCGGAAGAACCUUUAAUCAAAGAAGUAACCUGAAAACUCACCUUCUCACCCAUACAGACAUCAAGCCCUACAGCUGUGGCCGCUGCGGAAAGGUGUUUCGGCGCAACUGUGACUUGCGACGGCACAGUUUGACGCACAGCCCACAUCAGGACUACUAGCCUGGACAGACUAACAAAAUAACAAUGGACAAAACGCAGGAAGACAAGCCAGCGAGUUUUCUCUUCGGCUACUUUUUUUUUUUUUUCUUUUUUCUUUUUUUUUCGUGUUUUGUUUUUGUUCAAAGACAAUCUCCAAAUCAGGACACGUUUACUGCAGCACAUUUUUAAAGCGGACUUUGGUUGCACCUCAAGUGGGACAGCAGCGGAGCCAUGGCCAUGUCCAGCUUUCAAACCACCUGUAAAUAUCAAGACCAUGUACAUAAUGUUGUUUUUUUAUUUUCUUUUCUGACCUUGAAAUUAUAAAGUUGUCAAAAACAGUCAUAAGUUUAAAGUAUGUUAAAAUGUAUUUUAGAAAUAAAU